AUGACAGAGGUGACAGGUGGUGAUGUCUAUGACCGUGUACCGAGUGCUCACAUGGAGGAACGUAACGUGUUGAGACAGAUGGAGAGAGAGAGGAGGAACCAGGAGGUGCAGCAGGAGGAGACGCGCUAUGACAGAAUCACUCCUCUAUUUAGUGAGCCAUAUAAGAUAAACAAGAGUGACGAGCUGUCCGCUCGCAUCCAGAGGAUGCUGGGUAAUUUUGAGGACGGAUGUGAUGUCGGACCCAGGGAACUUUGCUCCGUGUUUCCAUUCGGUCAUUCUGCACAGUUUUUCCGGGCGGACCGGUCUAAUUUCCGAAACUCAUCAGGACACGCGGAGGGGUCCACGCCUGUUUGUGAGACCUCACCCGCCUCUUUUGCUCCUUCACAGGGGUCUGUACCAAAGAAUGAGAGCUAUGAUUCGAACCAGUUACCGGCGCUGUCUCCACCCGCCGACCCGUUGUCCCCUCUGCAGUCCAGCGGCGUGGAUGAGCCGUCUCCUGAACUCCGUGAGGCGGAGCCAUCACAGAUGGAGGCUCCUCCGCCGGCCCAAGCGCUCCUGGUUAAUUUGCACUGUAAACCGGGCCUGGUGAACCAACAGAAGCCCACGGCGUACGUGAGGCCGAUGGAUGGUCAGGACCAGAUGACCACUGCCUCUCCAGAUUUUAAAGCUUCGCCAGACACUUAUGAGCACUUACCUGACCCGAAGAACAGCGGCGUCAGUCCAAACCAGUCUGUGAAGCAGCCGCCAGUGUCUGUUGAUAUUGCGUGUCAGGUGGACGACAUACUGAAGGAAAUGACAUCAUGGCCUGAGCUGUUGGCAAGCAUUUGUUCACCGAGUACAAGAGAGUCGCUCACGCUCCCCAUCCUAACUGAGGAGCCACAAGCAUUCCCCACUCCCAAAGUUCAUGAAUCAGACACAGUUGAACAGGAACACCAGGGUGAUUUCAGCAUCUCUAGUAGUUCUGACAGCAGUUCAUCAGACACAGACAAUGAGAUCGUCAGUCCAGAGAAGAAAGCAGCAGAUGUGAUGUUGCCACACACACAGGUCCAGAUAAAGAAAGACUGGCAGUUGAGAAGAUGGUUAUAUUCAAGGGAGAACCAACAGAAUCCUGAGGGCCCUUGUUUUGUCAUCAUGCCCAACUCGCAUGAUUCCAAUGGAAAGACUGAGGCUAAAGGUCAACUGGGUUGCUAUAGUAACCCAACCCACAAUGAUAUAGAGGCAGAUCACACACAGACUGUGAUGAGCACGCUUGCAGGUGAGAGUUUACAGGUGAAGAGCACAUGCCUCGAGAAUUCCCAACGCAGUAAAAGAGCGAAAGAAAGCAGAAAGAAAACGGAGAAAAGGAGAGUGAGAGUUGCAAGUAAAACACGAGAUCUGUCUAUCUGCGUCACCGAACACACAGAGACAAAAAUAACCUGUCGCUCCCUGCUGGUGAAGAUAGAGCUGAACCUGCUCUCCAGAAUCCCUCAAGAGCCCAAAACAGCCCAGUCCCUCUCUGGGGUCGCCAAGAGAGCCGGCCCUCGAAAACCCACUGGACACAAGAGACCUACAUGUGUGUUGGAGCUGAAGUCUGCAGGACGGUAUCUGCCCACGAGCCGGGUUGGAGACACCUGGUAUAGACCGUUUGUGUGUUUUCAGGCCGAGUUGGAUGGAGUGUCUCAAAGGAAAAAACUGAAAAUGGAAACACCGUAUUCUUCCUCUCAAAACAUCAUCAGCGGAUCAAAAGUCACUGGCAGGUGCAGGGCCAUGAAACAGAAACAGAUUCCUCCUGACAGACAGCAGCAGAAGACAGCAGCUCAUCUACAGAAAGCCUGCGAGGGCCACGAUGCACCUGCGCAGCUGACGUGUCCUUCCGCUUCCAAACCAAGAGUGCUGCUGCAGUUGGACCGCAGGCCACAUUCUGUCGAGGAUCAUAUGAGGGAAGCAAAAAAACUAAAGCACAAAGCAGACGCAACGCUGGAUAAGAUGUCCAAAGCCCUCAACUAUCUGGAAGCUGCUCUGUCGUUUGUGGAGAGUGGAGUUGCAAUGGAGGCAGACCCCCAAACGCCCAAAUCUGCAUAUACCAUGUUCUACGAGACCGUCGAGCUGAUCAGGUUCAUACUUAAACUAAAGAACUACACAGACCCUACAGCUGCUGCUCACGAGAGAGAUUUCUUAGUUCUGUGUUUGCGAUGCGAGUCUCUGCUACAGAUGGCCAUGUUCCGCUACAGACGAGAUUCAGCGCUCAAAUAUUCACGAACGCUCGCUGGGCAUUUUAAAGUGAGUCAAAACUCUCUUCAUUUCUUCUUUGAUGUCCACACACGUUCAUACGUUACCCUGCUUCUGAAUCAGUCUGCAUCUCCCGUGAGCUCCGGCGGUACCGUCGUCGUUCCUCAGGACGUCCAACAGGUGGCGGUGUCUUACUUGGAGAUUACGGCGCUGUUUCUGAACGCUCUGGAUGCGUGGGAUCAGGCGGAUGAAGUCGCUCUCAGAGGAAGCGGUUUACUGCGAGAGCUGGAUUGUGCUGUUGGUCCUCUGAGUCUUGCGUCUUCUGCGAGCUCAUUGGUUCAGUACGCACGACACGGCCUCCACUGGAUCAGACUCGAACCCUGAACUUCUGAUGACGCCACCCUGCAUUGAGCAGCGCAUGCACUUGCAUUAUUUAUAGACAGAUGAAUUGAUGAUAGAGUCUCGUCUCAUGAGUUCUUGUGAUAGUUGAGUAGUACGUACCGACGGGUCUCCGUGUUUCUCAUACUGAACGUCUUUAUUUAAUUUUGUUUGCAGUGGUCACGUGUUGAGAGGACGGACAGACACGCUGAGGGUUUGGCCAGGUGCCUUUAUUUUGUGUUUAGCUGAACAUCUUAAGUGAGUUGUAAAGGUCAUGGGACUUUAACCGCUUUAGUGAACUAGUUAUGAUGCUGCCGUUGAGUCUAGUCGACCUUUUAGAACUGAGUCCUGAUAUCUAAACUAGGUUCCUGUUCAAGCAGUCAGUCAUUUAUCGCCAUAGCUUAUUUAAGAGCAUUUAAAUCAUAAGGAGAAGAGUAGAUGUUUGUGUAACUGUCUUUCUGUAAGUGCUCAUCUCAAGUGCAGACUUGACUUCCCACAGGUGUGUCACUUAAGAUAGCGACUUCUCAUUGGUUAAAUCAGUAUUCCUGUCCAGUCUGUUCUUCUUUUAACCUCAACUCCAGAUGCGGGUUAAGAGGAUUUCCUGCAAGUCUCGGUUGAAAUAAUGAACUUUUGGAAACGUGUGAAAUAUAAACAUGAAAUUAAUUUUUCUUGCAGAAAAUAGUUUUUGUAAAACCACACCAAACUCCUGUCUGAAAGUCUAAAAUGAAAGCAUAUUCUGCAAUUUUUUUGGGGAGGGCAAUAUCUUUUUAUUUUUCAUUCAUGUACGAUGUGUAGAAGAAUGUGUGGGAAUUUUUUGUGUUGUGGGU